AUGGAAAUAUUGGCCAUAUUCUUUAUAUGGAAAUGCAUUAGUGACACUCUCCCAGCUGGUGCAAAUAUGGUCAGAAGACACAUAGCCCAAGACGGAGGCUGUGGUAGAUGCUCAAUGGACAGUGAAACCGUAAAUCAUAUCUUAUUUACGUGUCCAUACGCUCGUCUGAUCUGGGCAGAGUCUCCGGUCCAGGCCCCUCCAAAUGGUGUGAUGUCAGACUCCCUAUAUGCUAAUUUAUACCGUGUGAUGAACUUGAAGCAUCACAGACCUGAUCUCAAGAUACAUGAUGAUCUAGUUCCUUGGCUGUUAUGGAGAAUCUGGAAAAACAGAAACGAGUUCUUAUUCAAAGGAAUCGACUACUCCGCACCAAGCACGGUAGCAAAGGCCAAGGAGGAUAUGGAGGCAUGGCUAGGAAGAAAAGAAGAGGAUCAUAUCGUGGCUCAAACACCACCCUUAGCAAUGCACGAGUAA